UCCCGGACGUCCCGCGCCUCCUACCGGGUCUGAGCUGCGUACAGCAGGGCUGGGCUCUCCGAAGCUCCCGCUUGCUCUCUGUUGUGGUUCCGGGUGCUGUGCGACCCCACGGACGUCACUCUCAGGCUCAGGUUGUAACUCCGGGGCGCGGCCUGAACCCCCUCCUCCCGUCAGCAUUCUAAUUAGGUUGGAUUCACAAGAAUCCACAAGUGUAUUGGAUGCCACGGCGCGGUCCCGGGAGCGCGCACGUCACAGAGCCCGCGAGUUUGCGGGAGCCGCGGCCGCGCAUAUCUGUGAGCUGAGGUUUCGCAGCAGCACGUCGUCCCGACACUAAGACUGGAUCCAUGUGGAAGCUGGUCCCCGAGGCGGACUCGGCCCGAGAACCGUACCGACUUUUGACGGAUGUUGAGUACGUGGUUGGAAGGAAGAACUGUGGCAUCCUCAUUGAAAACGAUCAGUCCAUCAGUCGCAGUCACGCUGUGUUAACCGCCUGCUUUCUCAGGACCGGCCAGAGUCAAACACAAGAAAUCCCUGUAUUGACGAUAAAAGAUACUUCUAAGUAUGGUACCUUUGUUAAUAAGGAAAAAAUGCAGAAUGGCCUUUCCCAAACUUUGCAGACAGGGGAUAGAGUUGCUUUUGGAGUGUUUGAAAGUAAAUUCAGAGUGGAGUAUGAACCUUUGGUUGCUUGCCCUUCUUGUUUAGAUGUCUCUUGGAAAACUGCUUUACAUCAAGCCCUACUGCAGCUGGGAGGACUUACUGUAAACAGUUGGACAGAAGAAUGCACUCACCUUGUCAUGGUAUCAGUUAAAGUUACCAUUAAAACAAUAUGUGCACUCAUUUGUGGACGUCCGAUUGUAAAGCCAGAGUAUUUUACUGAAUUUCUUAAAGCAGUUCAGUCCAAGAAACAGCUUCCACAAAUUGAAAGUUUUUACCCACCUAUUGAUGAGCCAGCCAUUGGAAGUAAAAAUAUUGAUCUGUCAGGACGGCAGGAAAGAAAACAGAUUUUCAAAGGGAAAACAUUUGUAUUUCUGAGUGCCAAGCAGCAUAAAAAAUUAAGUCCAGCAGUUGUUUUUGGAGGAGGAGUUGCUAGGUUGAUAACAGAAGAAAAUGAAGAAGAAGAGAGUUUCUUUUUGGCUUCUGGAACUUGUGUUAUUGAUAUAGGAAUAACAAAUUCGCAGACCUUAAUUUCUGACUCUCAGAAAAAAUGGAUUCAUUCAAUUAUGGAUAUGCUCCAAAGGCAGGGUCUUAGACCUAUUCCUGAAGCAGAAAUUGGAUUGGCAGUGAUUUUCAUAACUACAGAGAAUUACUGUGACCCUCAAGCCCAGCCCAAUACAGGAUCCAGGAUGAUGAGUCCAGGGCUGAGCCUUUCCCAAGGCUUGUCAGUCAAAGAGCAACUCAUGUCAAGUGCCCCCAUGAACACUGUGACGUAUGUGGCUGACACGGAGUCAGAGCAAGCAGACACAUGUAUGGAUUUUAGUACAAGGCCAAAAGAAAUCAAAAUCUCCAGAAUGGAACAAAAUUUGAGAAUGCCUUCACAAGCACCCUCUACUGUUAAGGAACCCCCCAAAAUAAGCUCUGAUAAUACUACUGUAGGAUCAAACGCUCAACUUAGGACGAAAGUCCCAGACUAUCAGCUCUCACCAGUGAUGCUCCCAAGUGUCAGUAGAGGUAGAGAUCUGGCUUCCCAGCAGCCCAAGACCAACUCCAUCCGAAACUACUUUCAGCCAUCCACCAAGAAAAGGGAAAGGAAUGAAGAAAAUCAAGAUACGUCUUCAUCUAAAUCAGCAAGAACGGAAACGUCUUGUUUCUUUCUGGAAGAGACACAACCUGCUACACCCUCGGUGUGGAGAAAUGAGGAGCAGCAUCUACCUGAGAGCGAGCCUAUGGGGAAAAACCCAGACAACGUAUUUAUAGAUACAGAGUCAAAAUCCACUGUGAAAAAUCCUGCCAGUAAAUUUUUUUCUACAGAAAAACUAAGAUCAGAAAAAAGGAAAAUUGAUGAUGUAGCCAUAGAAGAUGAAGUACUGGAGGAGUUACUCAAGGAAACAAAACCAGAGUUAGAAAUUGAAGUGAAAGGUCUAAAACAAGAGGAAGAUGUCAAAUUUAGAAAAAUGCCAAGAUUGGUUAUAGAAACAAAUGGCUCUUUUAAUGAUGAAACACUACCAGAAAGGAACAAAAUAUCUCAAGAAAAUGGAAUUGGGAAGAAAUGUGAGAUCAAGAAAGAACUACUUUGGUCAACUAAAGAAGAACCAUCUAACGACGACGGGCUUCAGAAUGGUGAUGAGACACCUCCGAGGAAGAUGUUACAGACUGAAUUUAGGUCCCUGGUGAUGAAUAGUCCUGCCUCCAGAAAUGCACCCCGUGAAAAUGAUGAGUGUGGUCGACUAAAGAAUUUCAAGAAAUUCAGGAAGGUCACAUUUCCUGGAGCCGGAAAACUUCCACAGAUCAUUGGAGGAUCCGAUCUAAUAGCUCAUCAUGCUCGAAAGAAUCUAGAAUUAGAAGACUGGCUAAGGCAGGAAAUGGAGGUGCAAAAUCAACAAGCAAAAGAAGAGUCCCUUGCUGAUGAUCUCUUUAGAUACAAUCCUAAUGUAAAAAGGAGAAGAUAACUGAUGACUUUAUAAAGAAACCACAGAAAACAUUUCCUAUCAGCAUUGCUUCCUGUUUCCUCUGGAAUACAGGGAUUCACAUUACAAAUAUUCUGUGGCCCGAAUUUGUUAAAUAAAAUGCACAAAACUCUG